UGGUUGUUCUUGUGAUAUUUUUAUCUUUGUUUGUUAGCUUCUUUAUAUUUCUUCAACGGUGUCAUGUUUCAAAACAGAAGACCUCUAGCACGUCCCAAAUCAUGCAUCAAUUUUUGAGGGUUUCUUAUGCAGAGCUUCUCAAAGCCACCAAUGGAUUCUCAGAGGCUAAUCUAAUUGGUGUUGGGAGCUAUGCUUCAGUUUACAAAGGGAUUCUUGAUAAAGUUCAGAUGGUUGUGGCAGUGAAAGUGCUCAAUCUUCAGACCACAGGAGCUUCUAAGAGCUUCAUGUUAGAAUGCAAGGCACUAAGGGCCAUGAGGCACCGAAAUCUAUUAAAAAUUUUGAGCAUUUGUUCCAGUGUGGAUUUCAAUGGUGAUGAAUUCAAAGCUUUUGUAUAUGAAUUUAUGGCCAAUGGAAACUUGGAUAAAUGGUUGCAUCAAGUUGGAGUGGGAGACCAUGAGCAGCCAGAAAAACACCGAAAUCUUAAACUAAUUCAGAGAUUGGACAUUUCCAUUGAUGUCGCUUCUGCACUUGACUAUCUUCAUUGUGGUUGUGAGUCUACAAUUAUUCAUGGUGAUCUAAAGCCGAGUAAUGUUCUUCUGGAUGAUGAGAUGACAGCCCAUAUUGGAGAUUUCGGGUUAGUGAAAAUUAUUUCUACCGUUUCGAAGUAUGGCAUGGGUGACAUGGCUUCCACACUAGGAGAUGUAUACAGCUUUGGGAUUCUUUUAUUGGAGAUGUUUACAGGUAAGAAACCAACUGAUGAUAUGUUUAAAGAUCAUUUAAAUCUGUAUAUCUUCGUUAAGAAUGCUUUGCCUGAACGAGUGAUGGAGAUUGUGGAUCCCUACAACCUAUUGGAGCAUAAAACAACAAGGUGGAUUAAAGACUGCAUGGUUUCCAUUCUAAGAAUUGGGGUUGCAUGUUCAAUGGAAUCACCAAGAGAUCGAGUGGAAAUGGGGAGUGUUGUUAGUGAAUUGCAUGACAUCAAAAAUACUUUCUUGAAUGAAGGGUUGAACCAAGACUGGAAAGUAGGAAGAGAUUUUGCAACAUGAAAACCU